CACGUGAAGGAUCAUAGACAAAACAUCCAUUCGUCAAAUUUCGGGCGAGGAGGCAGCGCAGUUGGGUAUUUUAUUGAACGGGCUGCCAAAAAGUGAAAUAUUUAAAAUGUCGCUUUCAGCUGCCCAAGCUAAUAAGGAGCAUGUCUUGGCAGUUUCCCGAGACUUUAUUUCACAACCCCGCCUGACUUACAAGACUGUGUCGGGUGUGAACGGACCUCUGGUCAUCCUAGAUGAGGUGAAGUUCCCCAAAUACUAUGAGAUUGUGCAGCUCAAACUCGCAGAUGGCACCCUACGGUCAGGACAGGUGCUGGAAGUCAGCGGCAACAAGGCAGUCGUACAGGUGUUCGAAGGCACGUCGGGCAUUGACGCCAAACACACGGUGUGCGAGUUCACCGGCGACAUCCUCCGCACGCCCGUGUCCGAGGACAUGCUGGGUCGCGUAUUCAACGGUUCUGGCAAGCCCAUCGACAAGGGCCCCCCAAUCCUGGCUGAGGGCUUCUUCGACAUCCAGGGACAGCCCAUCAACCCCUGGUCCCGUAUCUACCCUGAGGAGAUGAUCCAGACAGGUAUCUCCGCUAUCGAUGUGAUGAACUCCAUCGCCCGCGGACAGAAGAUUCCCAUCUUCUCUGCCGCCGGUCUCCCCCACAAUGAGAUCGCCGCUCAGAUCUGUAGGCAAGCCGGUCUCGUCAAGGUCCCCGGCAAAUCCGUGCUAGACGAUCACGAAGACAACUUCGCCAUAGUGUUCGCGGCCAUGGGUGUGAACAUGGAGACGGCCAGGUUCUUCAAGCAGGACUUCGAGGAGAACGGGUCGAUGGAAAACGUGUGCCUGUUCCUGAACCUCGCCAACGACCCCACCAUCGAGAGGAUCAUCACGCCGCGCCUGGCGCUCACCGCGGCCGAGUUCCUCGCCUACCAGUGCGAGAAACACGUGUUGGUAAUCUUGACCGACAUGUCCUCGUACGCCGAGGCUCUGCGUGAGGUGUCAGCCGCCCGCGAGGAAGUGCCCGGACGUCGUGGUUUCCCAGGUUACAUGUACACGGAUUUGGCCACAAUCUACGAGCGCGCCGGGCGCGUGGAAGGCAGGAACGGGUCCAUCACGCAGAUCCCCAUCCUCACGAUGCCCAACGACGACAUCACCCAUCCCAUACCCGACUUGACCGGGUACAUCACUGAGGGACAGAUCUACGUAGAUCGUCAGCUGCACAACAGACAGAUCUACCCUCCGGUGAACGUAUUGCCGUCUCUGUCGCGUCUGAUGAAGUCCGCCAUCGGCGAGGGCAUGACCCGCAAGGACCACUCCGACGUGUCCAAUCAGCUGUACGCGUGCUACGCUAUCGGCAAGGACGUGCAGGCAAUGAAGGCCGUGGUGGGCGAGGAGGCGCUGACACCCGACGAUCUUCUCUACCUCGAGUUCCUCACCAAAUUCGAGAAGAACUUCAUCACGCAGGGUAGCUACGAGAACCGCACAAUCUUCGAGUCCCUGGACAUCGGCUGGCAGCUGCUGCGUAUCUUCCCCAAGGAGAUGCUCAAGCGUAUCCCGGCCUCCACCCUCGCCGAAUUCUAUCCUCGGGACUCCCGCCAUUAGAGCACACGCGUGGACGGAAACUCGCAACAAAACCAGCGAAAAUAGCGAGUCACAAUACCAACUCACGCUUCCCGCCGCCCGACGUUCUAUAUUCAAACCGUAUUCUUUUUUUAUUUCAUUUUUUAAAUUUGCAAAUCCACGGUUUAUAUUUCCGAUUGCAUUUUUAUUUUUAUUGUUACAUCUAGGACGUCGAGCCGGGGUAUCUUGUAAGAUAAAUAAAAUAUUGUUUAUUAUAGUAAGUUGUUAAUAGUUUAUUGUAAUGUGUAUUACAUGUAUUACGAUCAAGUUACAAAAUUAUAACAAUCGUGUUGCUAUUAAAGUUGUCUAUGGUAAGUUUCAUAGUCCGCUAAAAAUGUUGCCGUCUUGUAUAUAAUUUCCCCAUAACGAAAUAGUGUGAUAGGCUGAAUGGUAAAGAAAUUAAAUGUUUUCAAUUGAUGCCAUCUUUCUUUUGGUGCUUAAUCCAUGUUGAAAUUUUAUUAUUUAUUUUCUGCACAAAAUAUUGAGAUGUGUUCAAACUAUGUAAUCGAUCAAGAUGUAAUAAAUAUAUAUGUUUACCUUGUGAUAUUUCGCUUGAGUAGAGGAAAACGCAGAAUAUAAUUGUGUAAAUAAACCGGUGUAGACGCCAUAGCCCCGUAACAUAUGUUACAUUCCAAAUUAUUUCCUUUUCACUUCAACGCUAGAUAUCCGUGAAAUAAGUGAAUUAGGAUACUGUUGUUUUCAAUGGAAAUAAAAUAUAGAAAGUUA